AUGGGAGAGCAGCUCCGUGCCCAGGCCGCCGCUCCGGCAGGGCCGCCACCGCCCGCCGCCUCCUGCUCCCUGCUCGGCGGGCUGCUUCAGAACGGUUUCCACCCUUCGACUCAGCCGCUGAGCAGCGGCAGCUGCGGGGAGGCUCCGCACCCGCUGCUGCUCCGCUCGGAGCUGCCGCCGCUCAGCCACGGCUCUCCGCCCAAGAAAAGCAGGCUGCGCCGGAGGACGGACUCGGGCCGGCGGCACAGGCCACCUUUUCCGUGGUUUGGGAUGGAUAUUGGUGGAACUUUGGUUAAACUGGUCUACUUUGAGCCUAAGGACAUUACUGCAGAAGAGGAACAGGAAGAGGUGGAAAACCUGAAAAGCAUUAGGAAAUACUUGACCUCCAAUACAGCCUAUGGUAAAACUGGCAUUCGUGAUGUCCAUCUUGAACUGAAAAAUUUGACUAUGUGUGGACGCAAAGGAAACCUGCACUUCAUCCGCUUUCCCAGCUGUGCCAUGCACAGAUUUAUACAGAUGGGUAGUGAAAAGAACUUCUCCAGUUUGCACACUACGCUCUGUGCCACAGGAGGUGGGGCUUACAAGUUUGAGGAGGACUUCAGAACGAUUGCAGAUCUGCAACUCCACAAACUGGAUGAGUUGGACUGUUUGAUCCAGGGCCUCCUUUAUGUUGAUUCUGUUGGUUUCAAUGGCCAACCAGAGUGCUACUAUUUUGAAAAUCCUACAGAUCCUGAACAGUGCCAGAAACAGCCUUACUGCCUUGAUAAUCCGUAUCCUAUGCUGCUGGUUAACAUAGGCUCAGGGGUCAGCAUCCUAGCUGUGUAUUCUAAGGACAACUACAAAAGAGUCACAGGAUCCAGUCUUGGAGGAGGAACAUUCCUGGGGCUGUGCUGUCUGCUGACUGGUUGCGAGACGUUUGAAGAAGCGCUGGAAAUGGCUGCAAAAGGAGACAGCACCAAUGUGGAUAAGCUGGUGAAAGAUAUUUAUGGAGGAGAUUAUGAGCGGUUUGGCCUCCAAGGGUCUGCUGUAGCCUCAAGCUUUGGUCAUAUGAUGAGUAAAGAAAAGAGAGAUUCCAUCAGUAAAGAGGACUUGGCCAGAGCUACUUUGGUCACCAUCACCAACAACAUAGGUUCUAUUGCUCGCAUGUGUGCAUUGAAUGAGAACAUAGACAAGGUGGUAUUUGUUGGCAACUUCCUCAGAAUUAAUAUGAUUUCUAUGAAGGUACUAGCGUAUGCUAUGGAUUAUUGGUCCAAGGGACAGCUGAAAGCUCUGUUUUUGGAACAUGAGGGUUAUUUUGGAGCUGUUGGAGCUCUUCUAGAAUUGCUUAAAAUGACAGAUGAUCAGUGA